AUGCCUUCGGUACCACUUCACCCUCCUAACAAAUCCUCUACCGUCCUCGACACGACAAAUGACAACAAUCCUCUUCCCCCACUCCUCCGGACACCCUCCGGACUCGCCAUCCUCGAACUCCAAGGCACAAUCAAUUUCCCUACCACUACCCCGAACGAUGAUGUCGACAUGGAUACACAAACUGAGGAAGAAAAUACAAAAACAAAAAUAAUCGAAACAGAACUCGGCAAAAUCAUGUUCCCGGAUUACUCUGACCUCGACCCAGAAAGUACAAAAUGGAUGAAACGUGUCUACUUGUACGCUGGACGAUAUCAGCGUAUGACGGGUGAAGUGAAGAAAUUGGCUAAACCAUUGGCUGUUAUACAGCGACGACCAAUUACAAAGAUGCAGGAUGAGAAUGGUACUGGAGGCGGUAACGGCGGACAAGAUGAGCUUGAGAUUGUGGACGUGAUUAAAUACAAGAUUAUAUUUGCGUCGAGGCCGGAACCUGUUGGAUUGGAAACAAUCGCCGAACGAUCUUGA